AUGAGGAUCGACCACAGGAACAUCUCAGGAAGUUCAGGUGACAUCAUCACGUGUCUGGUGGUCUGUCUGGCCAGAGGUCAGAGGAGUGGCAGGACGGUGACUGGGGUCAGAGGUCAAAGGUUACCCUGUCCUCUAGGAGAUGACACACUGCUGCAGGCCAUCAUGAAUCUGGACCGAAAGGCUGAUGGUGAUGGUGUCAGAUCCAGAUUCAGAUCAAGAUUCAGAUCGGCCGCAAUGUCAGUCCCCAAACAUCAGCUGAACACCAGCGCUACUCACCCCGAGAACCAACCAGAGAAACUCAGGCCAUCCAGGGAUCUCUCUGGAGGAUCCACAGAAGAGUCUCCACACGCUUCUGCAUCAGCCAGCAAGAUCUUUUUUUCCGACCUGGAUGUGAUUCCCGGUUUGGGUGGAGACCCGGAGGAACCGAGAGUGGAAGAACAGUGUGCUCAGGCCAUCACACACAGAGCGCGGGAGAUCGAGAAGUUGUACAAACAGGACUGCGAGACUUUGGGAAUGGCGGUGAAGAUGCUCAUAUCCAAAGACCCAACUCUGGAACAGAGGCUCCUGACAGCGCUGACACAGAACCUGGUUGACAUCAGGGAGAAAUGCUUGGGAAACCUCAGCCAGUUCAUCUCUGAGGUGAAUGCAUUGCUCAAAGCAAAAGAAACCAGGCAAACCAAACCAUAAUCCAGUAAACCUGAUAAAGAAGUGCUUCAUCAACUCAAACACAAUACAUACUAGUAGUGUUUGACUGGUUUUGACCAACCUAGUUGAAAUGUUAUUCAGCUCAGCUACAUGUCUUAAGCCCAUUUGUUAAGCUUUUACUAACAAUUCAGGUAACUUUAGUUCACGUGUUAACUAUCUACGUGCUUAUUUCCAAAUACUGCUCAGUUUAGUUCUACUUCUCAUGUUUUCAUGUUACUUGAUACGGUUUUGAAAAGAAUGUUUAAGAAGGCAACAUGUUUGCCAUUAUAGUGUUCGGUUUUAACAGUGUUUUUAACU